AUGGCGCUUCUCCGUAUCGCGUGCCGUUCCGCGGUGUCAGCUACACCGGCGUCGCUGCUGGUCGCCUGUCUGAUCGCGGCGGCAGCGGGAUCGGCGCAAGCGGCGAGCGCCGUGGCCGUGAACGGCGGUGCCGUGGUGGACGGCUACGUGCGACUCGACGCUCUGAAGAUCAAAUCGACGGCUGUGAAGAUCCUGAUUAACGGUGGAGAUUCAGUGGCGUUUGUGCGAUCCAACGGCUACUUCUCCAUCGCACUCUCUCCCGGCUCGCACACGCUUCAAGUAGCUGCUCCGGGGGCGUUCUUCCUGCCGGUCGUGCUGCAAGUCAGUGCAAAGCAUGCAGGAAGCUUCCGAGCAGUGGUGAUCAGAGAGCAGGGCCCUGCGAGUCUCUCCAUCGAUCCGCUCAUCAUCUCGCCCUUUGCAGCUGAAGAGUACUUGGAGAGGCGCCAGCCGUUCAGCAUAUGGACGAUAGUGAAGAGCCCCAUGGGCAUCAUGAUCUGCUUCAUGCUUGUUGUCAUGGUCGUCCUCCCUCGCCUCGCCGACUCCAUAGACCCAGAGGAGAUGAAGCAGAUGCAAGAGCAGAUGCAGCAGCAGCAGGUGCCGUCACUUUCAGGCCUCUUGAGUGGUAACCGUUAG